UAAAAACAUUGCAAAAAUAAUGCUAAUGCUGUCAUAAAUAUUGUGAAAAGCACUGUUUUCUGAAUGAUCAAGAGCAUGAUUUGACUGUUCUUGUAACGUUUCUGAAGCAACAUGUUGCAAUUAUUAAAUGAUAGAGAAUCUGGUGUUGGUGACCCUAGAUCGUUGUUGAAAGCACAUCGAACGGCUCGGUCCCAUCUCAUCGAGUUGAGCAAGUACAGAGAUGUUCAACAGAAUCACACAGCCGGCAUCAACAGCCUACAAUUAGACCAAGUGGAAAGAAGAUACUUGCUGUCGGGAGGUGCCGAUGGGCAGAUAUCAAUAUUCGACAUUGACCACACAUCACCAACACCGGAGAAGACAUACAAGUCCAUAAAGAAUGUCAAACGUGGACACCGUUUUGCGCAUACUAAGAGUGUCAGUAGAGUAUCAUGGUAUCCUAUUGAUACUGGCAUGUUUGUGACAAGUGGCACAGAUAAGUGCUUAAAAAUCUGGGACACAAACCAAAUGAAGCCAGCAGAGAAACUGGAUCUUGAUUGGCUGAUCUACAGCCAUGAUAUGUCACCCACAAGUGUCCUGCACUCCCUAGUGGCAGUUAGUGGACAACAUUCCAAAAUCGUCCUCGUCGACUUGAGGACCGGUUCAAAGACUCACACCUUGAAAGGACAUAACGGACGUGUCUAUUGUGUGCGGUGGUCUCCAAAGGAUGACUUCAUAUUAGCUAGUGGAAGUGAAGACAACCGAGUGAUGUUCUGGGAUGUUCGGAAAUCAAAAGGUCACAUCAUGGUGCUAGAUCAACAUAAUGGGGACUCUUCUGCCACUCCUCAAUCAGUCAACACUGCUCACAGUGGACACGUGAAUGGGCUGGAAUUCACAGCAGACGGACUGCAUCUUGUAACUACGGGAACAGACCAUCGCCUCCGGUUAUGGGAAACAGGGGGUGGGAAAAACCUUCUCGUGAACUAUGGAAAAAUACAAAAUGACAGUAAAAAGUGCAUCCAAUUUGCCAUAAGUGAAUUUUGUGAUCCAGACUUGAUCUAUAUUCCCCAAAAUGCGGACAUUGAAGUUUUUAACAUGAUCUCAGGAGAGCAUGUUCAGACGUUAACAGGCCAUUUCAACCAAGUGAACUGUUUGGUUUAUAACGGUGACUACCAGGAAUUGUAUUCCGGUGCGAACGAUCGCAAUAUUCUUGUGUUUUCUCCGAAUACAGAGAUGGAAGCUGUUUAUAAGGAUCAUGUGGACAGUAUGCGGAAGGCUCAGUCCGGUAGGGCUGUGUCGGGUUACGUUAAAAGAAUAGGCACAGCUGAUGCAUGGAGCAGCGACGAGGACUGAAUUGGCUUGAAACUUCUAUUGGGAAUUACCUUGAUAUGAUAAUUCAAUACCUGCCAACGUUAUGCUCCAGAUGCUGUGUUCAAAGAUUAUUAAGGCAGUACAUGUAAAAAUAUGAUGAACCGCUGUACAUGUAAAAUGUUUUGUUCUGUAACUUGAAGUUACCUUGGAUUGUACUCUGCAUCUAAAUAUAUUUUUGGAUAGA